AGAGAUCUACAAAUACUUCACACUUAUUUGACAUUCAUUUCUAUUUAUUUAUAAUUUCAACCAUUUAUAAAUACUUCCCAAAUAUGCAGUAAAACUCAGGCUAAUUGAAGAACAAAAAUGGCAGCUGCUGGAGCAAGUGUAGUUGGCUAUGAUAGAAUGAAGGAAGUGAAAGAGUUUGAUGACUCUAAAAUAGGUGUAAAAGGCCUCUCUGAUUCUGGCAUCACCACUAUUCCAAGAUUCUUUGUACAUCCACCUGAAACUCUUUCCGAUGUUAAAUCCUCCUCUGUACAGAUCGAAAUCCCCGUUAUUGAUCUUGCCAACGUUGGUUCUGAUCAUCACCGGUCUAAGAUCAUUGAACAAAUCCGAGAUGCUGCAAAAAUAUGGGGUUUCUUCCAAGUGAUCAAUCAUGGUGUUCAAGCUUCAGUUCUGGAAGACACUAUAGCUGCAAUCAAGGCAUUUCACGAGCAGCCAAUGGAGAUAAAGGCAAAACACUACUUACGCGAAGAGGGACGAGGAGUCAUGUAUGCGAGUAACAACGACUUGUUCCGCGCUGAGGCCGCAUGCUGGCACGACUCCCUGCAAGUUUGGAUGUCUCCAGAGCCACCGCAGGUGGAGGAGAUACCUGGGAUUUGUAGGAAAGAAGUGGUGGAAUGGGACAAGAAUGCAAAGAAGGUGGCUGAUACAGUUAUGGAGUUGCUGUCUUUGGGAUUAGGUUUAGAGGCUGGCAAGUUUAGGGAUUUGACUUUUUCUGAUUCUAGGGUUUUUGUAGGGCAUAUAUAUCCUUAUUGCCCUCAGGCAGAUCUCACACUGGGUAUCACACCACACACUGAUCCUGGAAUUGUUACAGUUUUGCUGCAGAAUCAGAUCCAGGGACUGCAGGUAAAACAUGAGAAUCAAUGGGUAAAUGUAAAGCCUGUUCCUGGAGGGUUAAUUGUCAACAUUGGAGACUUUCUACAGGUAACCCUUAAAAUGUUCCAUUUUUCUUAAAAU